AUGUUUCUACGAAGGAUAGCAAGGCCAUUAAUGAUGAUGUCACAAGUGAAGGAAACAACAGGUAUAGUAGGUUUAGAGGUAGUCCCAAAUGCAAGAGAAGUUCUAAUAAAUCUAUACAGGAAAACCCUAGAAGAGAUCAAGGCAGUUCCAGAAGAUGAAGGAUACCGUAAAGCAGUGGAGAGCUUUACACGUCAGCGACUCAAUGUAUGUGUUGAGGAACAGAAAUCGGAAGUGAUAGAGAAACGGCUAGGUUGUGGUCAGGUUGAAGAGCUUAUUGAGGAAGCUCAAGAUGAACUUAAGCUCAUUGGUCACAUGAACGAGUGGAAACCUUGGGGCAUUCCUGAUGAGUAUGAAUGUGAAGUCAUUGAAAAUGAUGCUCCAGUACCAAAACACGUUCCCCUACACCGUCCUGGUCCUCUCCCUGAGGAAUUCUAUAAGACAUUGGAGGCUGUUACUUCUGGGAAAUUAGAGGAUGCUGGUUCAAAGAAAGAUGAACCUGCGAUUACAUCGGGUGAAUCACAAUCGCAGUAGGGUCUUCCAGCAGCUCCUUUUGGUUAUUGAUCAGUACAUGCCAAGUUCUAAGACCUGAACAUGCACUAGCUACCAUCCUUGUUCUCACAUCUUUGUGGGUUUCCUAUACCUGUACCUGAUUGACUGGAGCCGGUGGACAGAAUGGUUGAAUCAUUGGUUAAUAAAAACAAAAGGUUUUUUUUUUUUUUUUUGCUGCAAGCACUCCUAAUUUUUGUUAUGGGUGUGGAAGCUAGCAGACAAUUGGUUAUUUUCUUUUGUUUGGAAAAGUAUCGAUGAUAUUUUUGUAUGAGGGAAGUCAUUUUCCAUGAAUAAUAUUUCUUCUAAAAAAAUGUUUUCUGGUGUAUGGUUGAUGAGAGAAAAUACUUUAUUAAGAAAAAUGUGUAUUAUAAUAAUAAUGACAUGAAUACAUUCUUUUGAUGAAUUUUUGAGUUUUGAAAGAUUGAUAGUAACGUAAAAUUGUCGGAAAUCUAAGACGAGGAAAACGAAAUUACUUUACUUUACUGCUAUUAAUAAGCACGGGUUGGGCUCCUUUUUCGUCGUCCGUUGUGGGCCCCCAUGAAAAAAAAAAAUUGGGCCUCAUAUUAAACAGCCCAUAAUAAAAAAAAAAUUGUAAAAAAAAAUUGUGAGUCCCAUAUAUGUUAAACAACAAUUAAUAUUAAAAAAUAUAUAUAUUUUGGGCCCCAUAUUAAACAGCCCAUAAUAAAAAUAAAAUAAAAAAUAAAAUUAUAAAAAAAAUAAAAAAUUGUGAGCCCCAUAUAUAUUAAACAACAACUAAUAUUAAACAAAAAUUGUGAGCCCCAUAUUAAACACCAACCAGUAUUAAAAAAAAAAAAAAAACUGAAACCCACCACAUCCAAACUCACGGGAAAAUAAAAGUGGACCCCAUAUUAACAAAAUUAAGCAAUAUUAAAAAAAAGUGAAUCCCAUAUUAAAAAAACAAACAAUGUUUAAAAAAAAUGUGGGCUCCAUAUUAAACACCAUGCGUAUUCGUAGCAAACACUAAUAUAAUAAAGUUUUAAAUACGGAACACAAACUACAAUGUUAUAUUAAUCAUGUUUUGAACAUAGUUUCCCAUAUUGACAAAAUCAAGCAAUAUAUAAAAAAAAUAAAAAAUGAAUCCCA